AUGGGGUUUGGCGAUGCCCUGGACGACAGCACCUUUUUGCAAAUGAAAGCAGGGCCCACCACGAGGCCAGGUAGCAGUCAAACUCGCAUAUGCGGCUCCAAUUUAGCCAACGAGUGUUGGAGUACGGAACAAGCAGGAGCUCUGCGACCCAAACUCCUUCACAAAGUGUAUCCAGGACGCGACGAAACAAACGCUUUAGGUUCUAAUGCCGCGGAAGAAAAUCCGAGUACAAAUUUGUAUUUGUCGCCCACGAGCGCUAGUGAUUUCAACCAAGAAAAGCGUCGGAGAAGGAAGUUUCGCCGUCAACUGCAACAAAACCGCGAUAACGAGUGGACGUCGAGAGCGAAGUAG